CGCUAAUCUCUUGUUUAAGACUUUUUGUUAUUCUAAUCCUACCCAAAAGUCACCCCUUGUAUUUCUACCUACAAUAUAAACCUUCUCCUCUACACUACACAUAAAUAUAUAACCACCUUCUCUUCUUCAUUAUUCUUACUUUGAAUUACAAUUACAAAAUGCAGAAUAAUUUAAACGACAAUGUCGUGUGCCCUAGCUUCAACAGCUAUUCCUCCGAUAAACUCGCCGAGAUCGCAAGCAAAGUCACCGACGAAUUCAACCGAAUCACUCUCGUUCACGACGAAGACGAGUUCGAGUUCUCUCUAGAACUCUCCGCCGAUCAAAUCAACAAUCAAGGUCCUAUCUUUCCUAUCUUCAAUCGUCAACUAUACGAUCAAAAUAACGAAGAAAAAGCUUCAGCGAAUCUCCUGCCAUUGAAAAAUCUCUUUCUCGAAGAAGCCGAAGCGUCUCGUUUGUCAUCUUCAUCUUCGUCCGAGGCUGAUGAGCUGGAAUCAAUACCGCCGGGGACGUACUGCGUGUGGAGGCCAAAAGACGACGUCGCGUCGUCUCCGGCGAGCUGUAAGAAGAGCAAAUCAACCGGAUCGGCGUCGAAGCGGUUCAGGAUCCGAGAUUUAAUUCGGAGGAGUAACAGUGAAGGAAAGUCGUCGUCGUCGUCGUCAUCGUUCGUGUUUUUGACACCGAAGAAAGAAAAAUUAGUGGAUGAAAAACUGAGGCUAGAGUCCGGGAAAGUCGCCGGGAAAAUGAGAGCGCCGGCAUCUCCGUCGUCGUCGGCGCACGAGACGUUUUACAUGCAGAAUAGAGCGAUGAAAGAAGGUGAAAAAAGGAAAUCAUAUUUACCGUACCGUAAAGAUCUGGUAGGGUUUUUCGCAAAUGUGAAUGGGCUUGGCAAGGCAGCUAAACCGUUUCCUCCGUAUUAAAACGUCGCCGUUUUUACUGCAAUGCAUAUACUCCCUCCGUCCCUAUUUAUCUGUCCACUUUGGAAGUAAAAAUUUGUCCCUAUUUAUCUGUCCAUUUAUACUUUCAAAACUAAUUUAAUGAUAGUUUUUCAAAUAUAUCUUCAUAAUUUCAAUUUUCAAGGCUUGACUUAUUUAAAACUUGGUUGAAUUCAUGUUUUCAAGACAUAAAGUAGGAGUAUUCCACCAUUUUCAAGAUAUUAAUUAGAGGUAUUUAAUGAAAAAGUUCAUGCAAUCAAUUAUUCCUUGGUAUGUGUUUUUUUUUCCAAAAUGGACAGAUAAAAAGGGACGGAGGGAGUAUAUACUAGUGUUCUGUAAAUAUGGUAACUAAUUUACCUUUUUUACUUUUUUUUAAAGGAGAUGUUAGUUUGUUGCAGCAUUAAAGUGGAACAUGCCUAAAAAUGUACGAGUUGGUUAGUAGGAGUAUUAAAAUAUUGUUUGAAAAACUAUAGUUUUGGUAGCAGUGAGAUUUUAGCUACAUGAAAA